AAAACAGGGUUUUUUUUUCUGUGAUGCUGUCGGGGAGAGAGGAAUGAGUGGGCAGAAAACCGUUCAAGUCAUCCACGCAUAUCCUGGAGAAACUAGGUGCCGUCGUUGUUUAAUCUGUAGUGAGAAAAAUGUGGGCCCAAUCAACCAUCUGAUUGACAGAUUACAAGGCCAGUGUGGAGUCCUGCGGUCAAGUGCAGAGUUCAGAAUUCACCAUCGCUUGAUGGGCCAGAAGUCUGGUCUAAUCAAGGCUAGCCUGUCUUGUCCACAGCUUUUAAAUGACCGUUCCUGUCGUCAGAUCUGUACAGGCACCAGUGGAAGGAACACACUAAUUCGGAGGUUUCCAGCCCUAAUCCUGGUGAGCUCCAUUUGGGUUAGUUUUAUAAGACCCUCAAUUGCCCCCUUUCUAUAAAGACUGCAGAUGUGUAACUUAAGCAAGUAAUUUAUUGCAUUUAGUGAACUCUGGUCCUCAGGGGUUUAACGAUGUUCAGAUGAUUUGUUCCAAGCGAUGGCUGAAUAACAUAAUUUUAAUUAAAUUCAUGAUUAUUGUUCCGUGUCUUUGUAAAUUGAUGGUUUCCGGGUCAUUUCUAAAACUUUCUAAACUGAACUAUGGGAACAGGGUUGGAGAUUGGUUUUCUGAAUUCUUAAUUAUAGUCCUUUAGACUAUACAUUUAAAAUGCUUUAACUUAUUUUGUUUCUGGUAAUUUAUGUCGAAUUGAGCUAACAAGCAUGCCGUUUUUUAAAAAACAUUCUUAAAGCAGAACUCAAAUUUUCACAAUUAUUAGCGACAGAACUGGUAUAUUUGUAACAAUGUAAAUACUUUAACUUUUGCAGACAUGGACCUGCGCUUUACUGAACGACCCUAGCGGCUCACUUUCUCCGUUUCAAAUGAAAUAAAUAAUAAACCGAUAAAUAAAUAAUAUAUUGUCUCCGUGCACAUCGCACUCGGAUCUCCUUGCACUCCGUUAACCUGGAAGUUAAGUACGUUUGCUGACAGGUCCACACAAAAGCGACAGAAAUGCACGUCUUAAACUCCAAUUUCGUUUCAAGACACUGAAGACGUGCGUGUCGGAAAAUGGACUGUGUUACGCAGGGAUUUCGUUUUCUGUUUUAACUUCACGAAAGCCGAUCAAGGCCCGGUUUGGGAGCGAGCACGGAUCCUGGCGCUGACCGACUGAGAGAGAGAGCCGUGAUCCCGCAUUGUCAGCAUCCCCCUCCCGGCGCGGCGCGUCACUUGAGAGACCUGGAUGUGAAAUGUGAAGUAGGCCGCAGUAUAGAGCUCAGUCGCAGUGACAGUCCGGCAAUACGUAGACCGCUUCUGAAGAGCGAAAUGGUCAGGAAUGAGAUAAAUAACAUCUACUGAGAAAUGUAAUAUUUGAUACCAUCUGAAUCUUGGCAGUGGGAAUGGUGAAGAGACGCCGGCUGAAUAAGCCGUUUCAGUUCAGUCAAUACCGUUGCCGCAGUGUCAUUUGAAAUAUUUUAAUUAAAUGUUAUUUAUUUUUUAUUUAUUUGUCUUCCAGAUUAUUUAUUGUAACUUAUUUAAAAAACGCCCGUAGCUGACAGAGAAAACUGUAUAAAUAGGAAAAGAGAAAUAUAUUGUAAUUUGAUUUUCUUUCUCGUGUAAAUGAUGUCUGAAGCCGAUUGAUAAUUUCAGCAGUAUUAUUAGGACAUUCUUCAUGUAAAAAUGGACAAGGAGACGUAUCCGCUACAUUAUUUCGUUUGGUAUAACCAGUACAUAGAACUGGACCGAGAACUGCAGAAGAACAAGGUAUACGAGACAGACCAGGAUAGAGACAGUAGGUGUGACAUCUGCACGUGUGUGUUUGUGUUGUUAUGCAGGAACAAGUCUGGGAUCUGGGGCUGGCGAUCAGAGAAGACUGAGAUGAUCAGUGGAUAUGAGGCGAAGGUUUACAGUGCCAGCAAUGUGGAGCUCGUGACCCGAACGCGAACAGAACAUCUCUCGGACCAGGACAAGUCCAGGAGCAGAGGCUCUAAGACUCCUCUCCAGUCCUUCCUGGGAAUUGCUGAGCAGCACGUCUCUCAUAGUGGGAGCCAGGUUUCCCAGUGUGCCAGCCCCACCAACCCCAGUGCCCUGACUGCGGAGGAGUACUUCAACCCUGACCUCUCGCUGACCCGCAGAGACAUCGGCAGGCCUGUGGAGCUCAGCAGCAAAGUGCAGAAGUUCAAGGCGACGCUGUGGUUAAGUGAGUCUCACCCCCUGUCUCUAGUGGAGCAGGUGUCCCCCAUUAUUGACCUGAUGGCAAUCUCCAACGCCCACUUUGCCAAGCUGAGAGACUUCAUUACUCUUAGACUGCCACCUGGCUUCCCCGUCAAGAUCGAGAUCCCGCUGUUCCACGUCCUCAACGCGCGGGUGACCUUCAGUAACCUCUGCGGCUGCGACGAGCCCGUCAGCUCCGUCACUGUCUGCCCCCCGCCACCAGAGGGCGCAGCUGAGACAGGUACUGGUCCAGGGGGGAAGUCGUCACUCUUUCAGCAGGCGCUCACAGGCCACAGACGCCGACCAGGGCCAGAUUCGGACUUCCACCCUCCCAGGGCAGAGCGGCCCUCUGUGCUGCCCUUGUUAGCUUCCUGUUUGAAGAGCUGCCCAGCAGCUGCAGAAGCUGACUUCAGCUGUGGACGCUGUCCUGGGAUUCAGGCACAGAGCCUGUUGGAUGCUGGAACGGAAAGUGACCAGGUGACUAUAUGGGAAGCCCUGACGAACAGUCGCCCUGUGUCCCACACUCCCCUGUACGAAGAGGACACCCAGCUGGAGAGGGCUAUACAGGAGUCUCUCUCCCUCUCUUUGGCUGGAGGUCAGGGUGGAGAGAGUGGGACCUGCAUGCAGACCUCAACAGUGACAGGAAAGGAGUCGCAGGUGGAAGAGGAGGAGUCAAUACAUCUGACUCCUCCCCCAAUUCUCUCCCUUUCCCCCUCUCAAGUCCGUUCGCCACCCUCCUACAGCUCACUGGAUGACCCCAACUACGCCCAGAGAAUGCCUGGGGCCUUCGCCGUGGCAACCAGCUUUGACGAGCAGCUUCGCAUUGCCAUGGAGCUGUCUUGCCUGGAGCAGGAAGAGCAGGACAGGAAGAGGCGGGAGGAAGAGGAGGAGCUGGAGAGGAUACUGCAGCUGUCACUCACGGAGAAGUAGAGCUUCCUGUUACCUUGGAUUCACUGCAGCUGCUUCUGUUCUUAACAAAAUACUUUAAUGUCUCUGGUUUGUAACUGUAACUGCAACUGCUCCGUUCCUCAUGUUCUCUCCUCUCUCUC